AUGCAAAGAGCUGAAGUUUCUAAUAAGAUUAUUAAAGAUAAGCUUAAUCAAAAUUCCCAAUUAAUUGAUAUUAUUAAAGAAAUCCAAUCAACCUUUGAUAAACAAUCAGAAAAAUCAAUUAUUAGUGAAUGUAAAAAUGAAAUACUAACAAGAGGAUUGCCUAAUAUAAUAGAAGAAUACUUUUCAAAGUUAAAUAAACUAUUGCGAGAAUAUCUUACACCACAAAUAUUUCAAAAACAAU